CCAGGUGUUUGCAGUAAAAUCAAGGAUAGAUGGAUGUGAAUUACUAGAAGCAAGCAGUUUCGCGAGCAAUCCGCUACCUGAACAUCGACACUUUUUGAGUCUCACAUUUUCGACCUAUCCACAAACAUUGUUCACUAUGGCGGAACCAGUGCCGGCACAGAUGAUCGACCCUGCUAUCUUUGAGCAGUUACAAGCUAAAAUUGAUGAAGAUUCACAAGUCCGAGAGGAUAUUCGUGAAAUCUUGCAAACCUUGGAAAGACAAGGACGCACUGUUCAGUCUAUUCUGUCAAGAGCACAUGCCACACGCUCCCAGAAUCUCUCACCGGUUGUCGAGGCCGCUGAAAAUGCUAUAAGAGAGCAAGUCGGCACGAUUAACAAGCUCGCUGAGGUUGCUUCGAAAUACCCUUACUACAAGUACAAUUUCAUGUGGACCAGAGACAUCCAAAAUGCCUGCUUUGCCAUUCUGCUCUGCGGCUGGUUAGGUGGUUUCAAUGCCCCGGGCAAUCAAUUCCAGCAAGGCCGUCUCUUGACAAUUGAGGAGACAGGCGCAAUUCUGAACGUUCCUGUAAAUCUCAAAGACAGAGAUGCAUUUCAUUUGGCCAUUGAGGAAUAUCUUCAUGCGCUCAUUUCUUUGAUCGAAGAGCUGGCUCGCCUUGCAGUCAACUCCGUCACGCUGGGAGAUUAUGAGCGGCCUCCUCAGAUAAGCCGUUUUGUCAAGGAUCUGCAUGCUGGAUUUCAGAUUUUAAAUCUGAAAAACGAUGCCCUGAGAAGACGUAGUGAUGCUAUCAAGUAUAGCAUCAAGAAAAUUGAAGACGUAGUGUAUGACUUGUCGUUGCGGAAUCUACUUCCGGUGCAGUAGACGUAAACAAGACGUCCUGAAGCUGCACUUUCACAGUAGCUUAAAAGUUUGCUAAAGAAUAUUUACAAGGGAAAAGAAAAUGCUAUUUUUUUUUUAUAUCGAAUCAUUUUUCCCGACCAAACACAUUCUUAGACAUAUGCAUUGAGUUAUUGUAUUAAUGAAACCUUAGUCAUGGGCCAUGAGCCAUUUUA